CUUGGAAACCACGGCCGAGGCGCCCCUGAAAGCUGCCCUCCGCGGUCCGCACCCCAUACGCGCCUCGCUCACGGCUCCAAGCGGCCAAGAACAACCUCAAGGCCAGCGGCGACUGGCGCUUCUCCCAGCUUUUAAGGUAAUCGCAUCCAUCGUUUAGCGCAAUCCUGCACCGUCCAUCUUCUUGCAAUUCCAUCCCUUUAUCCGCCUCCCAAAAAGGAUGCUUUCAGUUGCCGCGGUGAGAUGAGAGGCAACACGUUCACAAGUAAGACAAUAGUAUAAUAUUGGCCGGGCCUUCUUCCUGGCUUGAGUUAUCUUUGCGAAGAAAUCGAUUCAGGUUCAUUCAUGGUCUCCUCAAGUGAACAAAAAAGCAAAAUGCGUAGCAAAAAGCCCCUGGGAAUCCAGCUUUUUGAGUGUGUCCAUGGGAGUCCUCUCUCUUUCAGAUCAUGCCAGGCUCUUGUAUUAGUACUGACGUUCUUAUCAUAUGCCAGCUAUCAUGCAACUAGGAAAACUACAAGCAUUGUUAAGAGUGUUCUUGAUCCUAAGACAAACCUAGGUUUGUUGCACUGGCCCAGUCAUCUAUAUCUUGAAAAGUUAAAAGGCGCAGAGAACAAUGUGACUCUCUCUAGUGGUUGGGCUCCGUUCAAUGCUGAAGAUGGCACCGCAUUGCUUGGCGAGAUUGAUUUGGCUUUUCUUGGUGUAUAUGCAUUUGGCAUGUUCUUUGCUGGCCAUUUGGGCGAUCGAGUGGAUCUAAGGAUCCUGCUGACUAUCGGAAUGAUAGGCACUGGAUUAUUCACUGCUGCUUUCGGAGCUGGAUACUGGUUCAAUAUACACAACUUCUACUACUUUUUGGGCAUGCAGAUGAUUGCUGGCCUGUUUCAGUCAUCCGGAUGGCCUUCAGUGGUUGCAGUAGUUGGUAAUUGGUUUGGGAAGAGCAAGAGGGGGCUGAUAAUGGGAAUUUGGAAUGCUCACACAUCUGUGGGAAACAUAUCUGGCUCUCUAAUUGCUGCUGCAAUGUUAAAGUUCGGAUGGUCUUGGUCCUUCGCGGUGCCUGGUAUCAUGAUUGCUCUAGUUGGGCUCACAGUGUUUUUGUUCUUGCCUGUUAGUCCUGAUGUGAUUGGAAUUGAGGAGGAUCUCCACUUGAAGGACUCUGAAAAGAAUGACAUGGACACCCCUUUGCUGGAAGGACACUUAGAAUCAAAAGGAAAGGCAGUUGGAUUUAUUGAGGCAUGGAGAAUUCCUGGUGUAGCUCCUUUUGCGCUCUGCCUUUUCUUUUGCAAGCUUGUGGCUUAUACGUUUCUAUAUUGGCUUCCCUUUUACAUCAGCCACACAGCUAUCGGCGGACAAUAUUUGUCGGACUCCUCAGCUGGGGUACUAUCAACCCUGUUCGACGUGGGUGGCGUUGUAGGCGGCAUCCUCGCCGGACACAUCUCCGACCACCUCGACACCCGGGCACUGACAGCAGCAAGCUUCACCUUCUUGGCGAUACCGGCGCUCUUCUUCUACCGCAUAUACGGUAGCGUUUCGCUGACCUGGAACAUCGUGCUCAUGUUUGUCACCGGGAUGCUGGUUAACGGGCCUUACGCGCUGAUCACCACGGCCGUGUCUGCGGACCUCGGCACGCACAGCUCCCUGAACGGCAACUCCCGCGCGCUGGCCACCGUGACCGCGAUCAUCGAUGGCACGGGGUCGAUCGGCGCUGCGGUCGGCCCGCUGCUGACGGGGUACAUCUCCGCGAGGAGCUGGGGCGCCGUGUUCACGAUGCUGAUGGUGUCGGCGCUCAUUGCCGGGCUGCUGCUGUCGAGGCUGGUCGUGGCAGAGAUUGUUGCCAAGAUGGAGCCCAGGAGGGCUGCUUCUGCUAGCGACCUGCCCGUGUCCGUGUCCUCCAUGGAUGAACCUUAACCUGGGAAUGGUUGAGCUGGGCAGCUGGCUGUGUUCACGUGGGGAAGUGGAAGUGGUGGGAGAGCAGACCACCUCUGAUUUGAGGCCCGAGUAUUAGGUGCCCUUCUGUCCCUGAACUGCGGGAUCUCGUUCUUGUGAUGUAUCACGUCAUAUGUAUAUGGAAUGCCUGGUUGCUGACGAUGCUGAUUGUGAGUAUGUGAUCGGGCUACGGCGCGGGGAUUUGCGUAUCUGCUCGUUGAGCUGCAUAUGCAUCCUUCUGUUAGCAAAAGCAAUCCCAGAAAAAGGACAAUGUAUGCAAAGCUCAUGGACAGGACGACCAGUGGACCCAAAAAUUGUAGUAGCUGCGGAAUGACUUGUUGUAUAGCUUGUCUAUCCAGGUUACGGGCAUGUUGCAGCAUGAUCCUGCCUCUACUAGUGUUUAUCAAGGUUGCUCUUUGCCUGUGCA